AUCAUGGAACCAGAAUAUAUAGUUCGCACUGCUGGCCGAUAUGACUGUGACCAAAUUGAGAUACUCCUCAAUGCCACAACAUCAAGAGUUAUUGGCGAUAAGCUCGAAGUUCCGACGGCCCAUCUGUUUCAAGAGUAUCAAACACAUCGCUUGAUCGCCUCCCUCCACAAUGCAGCUUUGAAUAUUCUGGCAUAUGCCGAAUUUUGUAUAUAUCCCAAUAUACCAGUGCUUUCGAACGAUUUGUGGGUUCAAUGGUUAAGAGGUCGCUUUUGUGUCGAUUUGCCCAUCACCCUGAUGAAUACCAUAUUCCUAAACUUUUGCGUUUAUCAUAAGGAACAUGAUGAGAUCCUGAAAUUGCUUCUCAUGGAAGUCUUUUAUCGCGAGCACAAGGUGAAUUUUCUGAUCAUAUUCAGACCCCCGAAUUUUAAACCACAAGAGUACGAAGAGUUGAAUAAAUAUGGUCGCGUCUAUUAUCCCACCGAUUUCGAUAUGUAUACGCGAAAGAAUUUGCCAACAAUCAUUGUAAUCAUGCGCCAAGGACUAAUGCCGAUAAUAUCCUUUCGCAAGGCACUACCCGAGGAUAACGACGAUGUUGUGGAAAUGAUUGAUGUAGAUGAGCCACAAAUGCGCAUAGAUCGUGGUGAUUAUUAUAUUGCCGAGCUCUUGAUGGGUGCAGGAGGCAAAUUGGACAGGGAUAAAAUUAUUGUCACAGAGGAUAGCGGCGAGAGUAGCGGCAGCACUGGCAUGAUGUGGCUUUCAGAGAACAUUGACAUUGAGCAACUGAUCAUUAACUAUGACUUAGAGGGCGUGGGCAACCUAAUCUCCUGCACCCCUGAUGCACCCCAUAACACAGUUAAGUUGGAAGUUUUUUCCGGCGAGUAUCAUGGUUUGCGUGCCAUCAACACCAAAGCCCUCGAUUUCACCAACCGGCGCACUGUCACCCUGAAUCCUGUCGAGAAAUAUAAGCUAACGGAGCAGGAGCGCGUUUACGCCAUAUUCAGAUAUAUUAGUGAUGAGCUGAAGUCAGCUGGUACCUAUAUGAAUUGUGUUCCGCAGACUUUGGUGCUAACUUUCGAUGUGCCACACCGCAGGAGCUCUGGGAAGAAAGCUAAGCAACAAGGGCUGGAAACUGCAGGCAAAGCAUUCACAUUACAGAAUUUUAUACUGCAUCCCAGUCUGCGAAUGGAGUAUACGUACUAUUAUCUCUCUGCCAUGUUCAGCGCAUAUCCCGACUGUGAUUUCUGUGUGGUGCCUAUUCCACCUGGUAUUAAGUUUUCUCCCAGCCUUUGGGCAUUGCUGCAGUUCUUCACGCGAGUGCCACAUCGUCCCAAUAGCAAAAUGAGUGAAGAGAUUUUUGUGGCGCAUCGCAGCUCAGUCUACACGGACCUUGGAGUUUAUCGGCUAGAAAGUGAAGAUUUACCGGAUAUACUUUCCAUGUUCCCCCAUUACAUUUUACAUAAGACAAGUAGCGAAACCUUGUUACCGGAUAUCAACUCCAAUUUAGUAGCAUUCGAUGAAAUUAGAGUUGCCAAUUUACUGCAACAGAUCGUCGAAGAUGUUUUGGAUAAUGAAUUAUCCGAGUUCAGCGUGUGGAUCGUACGUUGCGGCAAUGAGGGACGUGAGAAUAGCACAGCAGUCGGAUUUGUGGUUCUGCGUUCUUUCUCAAACUAUGAAAGUAUUUACAAGCAGUUCUAUCUGCCCUAUGAAGAGAACUAUUUAACCUUUGAACGUGGCGAGAUUGUGAUGCUGCGACUGCAUCCCUAUUUUCACAUGUGGUCCGAUGAGAUACUGCGCACUGUUGCUAUAAGAACAGGCUAUCGGGAACUCUUCUACUUUCAAAAGUUCACGGACUUUGUGUUACCCAACGACUUGGCAUUCAAAAUGAUGCCUGUGGAGCCACGGCGCAUGAAGAGAAACUGGUUCAUCGAUACCAAUGACGCGAAAUACUUCCGCCGUCCAUCGUUAAAGGUGGCGUUGCCAGUAAUUAACUGCGUUAAGGAUAAUUUUUACCUAUUUCGUCACAAUCUGUGUCCAUCGAAAUUCAUUGGCAAUCAAAGUCCGCUGGUGAUUGUGGGAUUCUCGGAAAUAUGCAAGGCUCUGCUACGUCUCAUGGUAUUCAGUUGGAAUACGCCAGACUUUAAACAUGUAAAUACCACCAAUUGUCUGUCGUAUCUCGACAUCACUGUCAUUGUAAAAUACGGCGAAAUCGAGGCGGAAUACGAUUAUGAUCUAGAGUGCGAAUACUGCACCAAUCCACAAAGUUGCUAUCUAAAUAACUGCAACUCAUGUCCAUUUGUGACUGAUGCUACACAACGUCUGGAUCUGCGUAAUUGGAUUCACUUUGUACCUGGCAAAGUUGAGCACAUCGAUUGCAAAGAAAAGGUCAUUUGUCUGGAGAACAACUGCAAGAUUCACUAUGAGAAGCUGCUGCUACUUUGCGACACUAAGUAUGGUCUUCCAGGCCAUCUGCAGGCCAAGGUGCCUAAGGGUAAGGUCUGCGAUGUGCCCUACAAUUAUGCUCACAUCAAUGGGCGACUGGACAAGAUUGUGCUCUACUACAAGAUCCUUGAGCUAAACGAAUGUAAGCUGCCAAGUAAGACAAUUAUCAUCUAUGGCUACACCAUGGCCAUUUACGAGUGCAUCGACUUUUUGUUAAAACACGGAGUUCAGCCAGAGAACAUUAUCUAUGUGCAGCCUCUUAAGGUUCAAGCACCGGAAUAUCUAAACAUUCCAGUUAAGGAUAAGAACCUGGAUGAUAUUCUGAUAGACAUGAUAACAGACUUGGGCAUUACUGUAUACGAAUCCACUAACUUUGAGGACUUUACAGUAUACCAGACUGUGUACUUCAUUAAGACGGUAAACUUUCGCAAAUGUCCGCAAAAUGAACUUUUGUCGCUGCCGUGUAAUCUAUUUAUCAACUUUCUGGAGAAUUAUCUAACAGCGCCUACCGAGCACAUGCUCAUUCGCAGUAAUAUUCGUGUGGAGAAUAGAGAGAUCCUUGUGGAUGAGAACUUUUGCACAAACGAUCCAAAUAUUUAUGCAGCUGGUAAGAAUGUAGCCAUCAUUUGGAAGGUCUUCUAUCAGUAUACUUACACAAGUGAAAUAGAAAUGGCUGAAAAGUUGAUAGACAUACUGGAGCUGACGCAGGAAACAUUUAAAAGGGAAACACGCUUCAGUAAGCCUGUUAUGUUCCGUUCCCUGUUGCCGUUGGGGCACAAGUUGUUAAAGUUGACGGCGCCCAAGCGCUAUUUGCUUGCCAAGCUGGAUAACAGCUACAGCCAUGUAAUGACCACCUAUCACAACGGCGACUUUUGUCGCGUGCGCCUGGGCACAAAUAAAAUUGUGGAGGAGAUCACGUGCAUAUCACAGAAUCUGAGGAAACAUCUGUACUUUCUGGAAUACUUUUGCGGAAAACACGAAUCUUUGCUCAAUAAUUUAUGCAGUCGAUAUCGUAUAGGAUUAAUCACAAAUUUAAUUGGCUAUUUUGAAGAGCCGUGGACAGAGUAUAUUAUGCACGAUCAAUUCGUUGAAAUGCAGAUGAAAAAUCAGAGCAUGCUAAAAUCGUUGUUUGCCAAGAAGGAAGACCUCUUUAUGGUUUUGAAAAUGGAGGAGGAUGAGUUUGAGAGAGUCUGCAAGCAUUUUGUGGAAGAAAACCUGUUGAAGUUUCUUCGAGCGCAUCGUCAUGAGUUUAUCAAUAAGUUCGCGCUGCCCGAGGAUUGGGAAAGUAAGCGUUAG